AAGGCAGUCGGAUCUCGCCGCCUCCACAGUGUCGCAAGCGCAACUGACAACCAUUGUUCAAAUCAAAACAAUCUUUCUAUGCACAAAAUGAAUUUAAAUGCUCUCUCGUGUGGUGUUAUUUUUAGUUUUUUAUUUGUGUUUUUUCCAUGUGGAUAUACAAAGCUAGCACCUGAUUAUAUCCAUCCUUGCAACGACACCAGCAGGCCAUGCUUAGUAAAGGCCACACAAGACGCAAUCCCAGAUUUUGUCAAAGGGAUCCCCAAUCUUGGAGUACCAGUUUUAGACCCCUUUGUCAUAGAACAACUGGCGAUUCCCCUGAGUGGGCUUAAAGUUACAUUUCAUCAAGGAAAAGUCUCAGGCUUCAGAAAAUGCAUCGUUGAUGAUGUUAUUUCAGAGCUAGAAAAGCGUCAUUUUGUACUACAAUUCCAUUGCAACUUGACGAUCAAGGGACAAUAUGAAGCUAAGGGAAGGAUCCUGCUAUUUCCUAUUGAUGGAGCAGGUGACGCCAAAGUUAAACUAACAAAUUUGAGGAUGAAAGUAAAUAUCAAUACCAAGUACACCAAAGACAGCGAAGGGAGGAAUCAUUUUGGAUUGAAAGACUACAGAUACACUUUUGAUUACGGCGAUCGUGUCACGUUUGAUCUCAAGAACCUAUUCAAGGGAAACAAAGAGCUGAGUGAAACGGUUUUGGCUUUCCUCAAUGAAAACUGGAAGACAGUAGCCGAAGAAUUUGGCAAACCUAUAGUAGACUAUGCAGUGGACUUGGCUAUCAGAACCAUAGAGAAAUUCUUCAUAGCAGUACCUUACGAGGAACUAAUUAAUGUACCCAUCCCACUAUAAAAAAAUCAGUAUUAUUUAGCAGUAAGAUGGCAAGACUUAUUUUAUUUUAUAUGAAUUUGUUAAUAAAAAGCAGAA